AUGGCUGAGAAACGUACUCUUAUAGCUGUGAUAGCUGACGAAGAUACCACAACCGGCUUAUUGUUAGCUGGUAUUGGACAAAUCACACCUGAAACUCAAGAAAAAAACUUCUUUGUUUACCAGGAAGGUAAGACUACCAAGGAGGAAAUCACUGACAAGUUUAAUCACUUCGUUGAAGAAAGAGACGAUAUUGCCAUUCUUUUAAUCAAUCAGCACAUCGCGGAAAACAUAAGAGCAAGAGUGGACUCCUUCACCAAUGCAUUCCCUGCUAUUCUGGAAAUCCCAUCCAAGGAUCAUCCUUACGAUCCUGAGAAGGAUUCUGUAUUGAAAAGAGUCAGAAAGUUAUUUGGUGAAUAA